UUCUCCUCAGCUCCGCCCUAUGUUGUUGCCACGUGGAAUUACAAUGGCGUUUCGUUUGUGUGAGAGAAGAGCUUUUGAGCGACUUUUCCAGCUCCGUCUUCCUCACCAAAGGAUGCUAAGGCUUUCUACUAGCAGAUGGAUGUCUUCAGAUUCCUCUGAGAGCCAGCCAGGGGAGAGAAUGAUGAAUUUCGAGGAGUACAGAAAGUUAAAGAGAUCUCUCAAGUGGAAUGCUCGUGUUGCUGGUAUUCCCAUGGGAUGUAUUGCCGUUGGUAUUUCUUCAUUGGCCAACCUCCACUUUAUGCCACACGUAUUCGACACAUCUUUACCGCCAGAAGAGAUAACACCUAUACUUGGAAUGGAUCCAAUAGUGUUUGCAGCUGUAUGUGGUGCUGCAAGUGGGAUGGUUGGAUUCAUUUUGGGCGGAGCUUUCUUUAACGCCGUCUGGAAGAUGGUUUCAAGUAAAGCUAAACAAAUUGAAAAGAGAGAUGCAGAUUUUCUCUCACGACUUCAGCGUCACAGAUACGUAGGCACGGAUCAGAACAAAUACGAGGAUGACUAUUAUGCUGACAAGGUACUGACACUCAGUGACUACAGACAAUGGAUCAGACAGCAACAGAGAAAGAAAGAGGCAGCUGCUUCUUUAAACUCCAGCAAUAAAGAGACAGACUCUGGUAGUGAUAAACAGAAUACUUGACUUGAGAUUGUUGAAUAUCUAUUUUGUUCGUUUUAUUCAUUGACAUUGUAAAUACAAUUGAGUCCCUUAAGUAUAUUCUAUGUCCUAAA